CCCGGAUUCCUUCUUGUACCAAUUCUUGAGUCCAGCUGGCUGUCAAGACACCAGUCUUGCUCCUAUAAAAUUCCCCCAUCCUGUCCCUCCGGCUACUCUCUUUGGCUGCCCCUAUUACCGUUGUACUACUCCUUAGGUCUCGUUUGUUGACAUGGACACCUCUACCCAGGACAGCCGGUCCGACAAGGACAGGAAAAACAAUGUCGACCAUAUUGAAAAGACCACCCCUGAGAACAUCGACACCACCCACACCGAUGAGGCAAUGAAAGUGCUGGCUGGCUACACCGGCGAUGAGUCGUGGGAGCCCAGCGAUGAAAAGCGUCUGGUCCGGAAAGUUGACUGGCGACUGUUACCGUUGCUAUGCAUGACAUAUGGGCUGCAGUACUAUGACAAGGCCAUGCUGUCCCAGGCUGCCUUAUUCGGACUGCGUGAGGACUUGGGUCUCCUUGUCGGUAACCGCUAUGCUAUGUCUGCGGCCAUUUUCUAUCUAGGGUUCAUUGUCGGCGCAUACCCUACCAUGGCCCUCGCGCAGAGAUACCCUAUCCACCAUGUGGCCUCGCUCACCGUUACAAUCUGGGGUAUUUGUCUCAUCUUGACACCGGUGUGCCACAACUAUCAGUCGCUGUAUGCCCAGCGCUUCUUCCUAGGGGUGUUGGAGAGUGGCAUCAGCCCAAUGUUUAUGAUGAUUGUGGGUGGCUGGUAUAAGAAGGACGAACAAGCUCUUCGAAUGGGAGUGUGGUACAGUUGCACCGGAUACGUCAGUAUCUUCUCGCCCCUGGUCAACUAUGGCCUCGGCCACAUCAAGGGCUCGCUCUCCUCCUGGAAGUACAUGUAUCUCUUCGCCGGCGCUCUCACCAUACUAUGGGGAGUUAUUCUCAACUUCGUUCUUCCACCUGACCCCGUGAGCGCCCGCGGCUUUUCUGAGCGUGAGCGCUACAUUUCCGUCGCACGUCUACGAACCAACAACUCGGGUGUUCGCAAUACCCACUUCAAGAUGGGCCAGGUCGUUGAGUUGCUGCUAGAUUUGAAGUUCUGGCUGAUAUUCUUCACGGCCUUCCUUGCCAUGAUUGCCAAUGCACCGAUAUCCACGUUCACUCCGAUUAUCAUCAAUUCCUUUGGCUUCAGUACUCUCCAGUCCCUCCUCCUCGUGAUUCCCUCGGGCUUCUAUGGCGGAACCAUGAUGCUUCUCAUGCCGUAUCUUUCCUACAAAUUCACUACCAAGAACAUCCGUUCGUGGCUAGUAAUUGGAUGUCAGCUGGUCAGCAUGGUUGCAUCACUGCUGCUACUGCUCCUCCCUCUCAACGAAACCGGCGGUCUGCUUUUCGCCUGCUACAUCAUGCCGACAAUGGGCGCAGGCUAUGCGGUGCUCAUGGGCCUCCAGAUUGCCAACAUCGCAGGCUAUACAAAGCGGUCCCUUUCUUCUUCGGGGCUCUAUAUCGGCUACUGUCUUGGCAAUUUUGUGGGACCUCUCUGUUUCAGAGAGCAGGAUUAUCCGCGCUAUGUGCCGGGAUUUAUCGUCACCGUUGUAACCACUUUUGUUGCUGCAGUUCUGGUGCUCAUCUACCGCGUGAUCUGCCUGUGGGAUAAUCGUCGCAGGGACGCUACUGGGGUUCUGGAAGGAUUCGAGCAUGCGUAUGAAGAUGACCUGACUGACAAGACGAAUCCUCAAUUUCGGUACACUGUUUAAGAAUGGGUUCGUGUAGUUAUAGUUGUAUAGUUUAUAUAGAUGUGUGUUGGACCCAAUCAGAAACCUCUGAC